AUGGCGAGCGAAAGCGAUUUUGAGAGCGACGGCUUCAGCUCCGACUUUGCCCCGAAACCAAAGGCAAAGGCGGCCCCAAAGAAAGCCGCUGCCGCCCCCAAAGCAAAGGGUGCCCCCAAAAAACUAACCCAAACUACUCUCAAACCCAAGACGACAUCAAAAGCCACAUCAUCUAAGAAAACUGCCCGACCUGAUCCCGAAGAUGAGCUGGACUCAGUAGCGGAGGAGGCGGACUCCGAUGAUGCAGACGCUCUUGACAGCACUCCCCCUAACGCGUCUAAGAAGCAGAAAGCUGCUCCCAAGAAGGCUGCCUCAAAACCUCUUGCUAAUGUGGAGAAUGGGUCUUUCGCCACGGAAACGGUAGAGGGAGGUGGCUCAUCCGAGAAGUACCAGAAGAUCACCCAAUUAGAGCAUAUCCUCAAACGCCCAGACACGUAUAUCGGCUCUGUUGAACGAACGGAGAAGCACAUGUGGGUUUAUAACUCAACAACAGAGUUGAUGGAGUAUAGAGAGGUCUCUUUCGUUCCUGGUCUAUACAAAAUCUUCGAUGAAAUCCUCGUCAACGCGGCGGACAACAAACAAAAUGACCCCAACAUGAGUGAGAUCAGGGUUACCUUGGAUAAGGAAGCUGGUGAAAUUAGCGUCUGGAAUAACGGUCGUGGUAUUCCAGUAGAGAUACACAAGAAAGAGCAAAUCUACAUUCCUGAACUUAUUUUCGGUCAUUUGUUGACUUCAUCGAACUACAACGAUAUGCAAGAGAAAGUCACCGGCGGACGAAACGGUUACGGAGCAAAACUCUGUAAUAUUUUUAGUAAUGAAUUCACGGUCGAAACGGCUGACUCUAAGCAGAAAAAGAAAUUCAAACUCACAUGGACGAAUAAUAUGUCAACUAUGGGAAAGGCCAAGAUUACUGAAUGCAAAGGUGACGACUAUACCAAGGUUACAUUCAAACCUGACUUUGCAAAGUUCGGCAUGGACGGAAUGGAUGAUGAUUUCGAGGCCUUGGUUAAAAGAAGAGUCUACGACAUGGCUGGCACCUGCGGGACAGCAGUGAAAUUAAACGGCACAAGGAUCCCCAUCAAGUCUUUCAAAAAAUACAUGGAAAUGUACACCAAAGCAAUCAAGGCUGAGCGAGGAGAGGAUCCGACUUCGGCUUCUGACAAAAAUGAUAUAAUUACAGAAAGCCCGGACCGGCGCUGGGAAAUUGGAUUCACCGUAUCGGAUGGCUCUUUUCAACAGGUUUCUUUUGUCAAUUCCAUCGCAACAACAUCUGGUGGAACGCACGUCAAUUACAUCAGUGACCAAAUCUGCAACAAGCUUGCCGACGCUCUGAAAAAGAAAAACAAGACCGGGGCAACUCUCAAGGCUGCCCAGAUCAAGAACCACAUCUUCCUCUUCGUCAAUUCCCAGAUUGUCAAUCCAGCCUUUACUUCUCAAACCAAAGAGCAAUUGACUACCAGACCAAGCCAAUUCGGAAGCAAAUGUGUUGUUUCUGAUGACUUUUUGAAGAAGGUCAUGAAGACCCGUGUCAUGGACGAUAUCCUCCACUUUGCAGAAAAGAAAGCUGAUCAAAUUUUGAAGAAAACGGACGGAAACCGCCGUUCCCGUAUGAAUAACCCGAAGCUUACAGAUGCAAAUAAGGCCGGCACUAAAGAUGGACAUCACUGUACUCUCAUCCUAACUGAAGGUGAUUCCGCCAAGGGUUUGGCUAUGGCCGGCCGAGCAGUUGUGGGACCUGACCUUUUCGGAGUCUUUCCACUUCGAGGAAAACUUCUCAACGUUCGAGAUGCCUCUGUAGACCAAAUCUCGAAGAAUGCUGAAAUCCAGAACAUCAAAAAUUUCAUUGGCUUACAGCAUAAAAAGGAAUAUACUGAUACUCGUGGUCUCCGGUAUGGCCAUUUGAUGAUUAUGACUGAUCAGGAUCAUGACGGUAGUCAUAUCAAGGGCUUGCUCAUCAAUUAUCUUCAGGUUGCAUUCCCAACUCUCUUGAAAAUACCCGGCUUCCUGAUCGAAUUCAUCACGCCUAUUGUUAAAGUUUGGAAGGGAGAUCCUAAAAAUCCAACUCACUCCAAAUCUUUCUUCACCAUUCCAGAAUAUGAGGAGUGGAAGGAAGCUCAUGCGCAUGAUAAGAAGUGGCAAAAGAAGUACUACAAAGGUUUGGGUACUAGUUCGACAGAGGACGCCCAAAUUUACUUCCAAGAUUUGGACAGGCACCUGAAACAGUUUCACACACUGCAGGAUAAGGAGGCAGAGCUCAUCGAGCUUGCUUUUUCUAAGAAGAAAGCCGACGAACGAAAGGAGUGGCUUCGCCAAUUCAAGCCAGGAACAUACCUUGACCAUUCCACCGACCAAAUCACGUAUACUGAUUUCAUCAACAAAGAGCUUAUUCUUUUUAGUAUGGCCGAUAACAUUCGAUCCAUUCCCUCAGUGGUAGAUGGCUUGAAACCUGGUCAGCGGAAGGUUUUGUACACUAUGUUCAAACGCAAUGUCAGAAAGGACAUUAAGGUUGUCGAACUUGCUGGUUAUGUCUCCGGUAUGACGGCUUAUCAACAUGGUGAUAACUCUUUGCAUACCACUAUUGUUGGUCUGGCUCAAACCUUCGUCGGGUCAAACAACAUCAAUUGCUUGGAACCUAGCGGUAACUUUGGAAGUCGUCUCCAAGGUGGUUCUGACAGUGCCAGUGCUCGUUAUAUUUACACACGUCUCUCGCCGUUUGCGAGACGAUUAUUCCAUCCAGCUGAUGAGCCGUUAUUGGUGAACAACGUUGACGAUGGAAAAGUGAUUGAGCCUGAAACUUACGUUCCUGUUGUUCCACUCAUUCUCAUCAACGGCGCUGAUGGUAUUGGAACAGGCUGGAGCACCUCAAUCCCAAAUUAUAACCCAGAAGAAGUAGUUGACAACCUCAAGCGGCUGAUGGUAGGUGAGGAGCUUGUUCCAAUGAAGCCAUGGUUCCGCGGUUUUAAAGGUGAAGUUACUGGGUCUGGAGAUCGUUACAAGUUCAGUGGGAUCAUCAAACAAACUGCAGACAACGAAGUAGAAAUCACCGAAUUGCCUAUCCGUACCUGGACCCAAGACUUCAAGGACAAGCUUGAGGAAAUCAUCAAGGCUGAAAAGGUCCCUUCAUUUAUUAAAGAUUACAAGGACUACAACACCCACACCAAUGUUCAUUUCAUCAUUCAGAUGGAAGAAAAACACAUGAAGAAGGCCCUUGAGGAAGGCCUUGAGGAAAAGUUCAAGCUUGUUAAACAAAUAGCAACUUCGAACAUGGUUGCUUUUGACGCUGAAGGGCGUAUUACACGCUACGAAACUCCAGAGGACAUUUUGCGGGCCUUUUAUGCCGUCCGUAUCAAACUGUAUGAGAAACGAAAGCAAUAUCUCCUGUCGGAACUUCAAACCCAGCUCGACAAGUUAAGCAACCAAGCCCGCUUUGUUCAGAUGAUUAUAGAUGGAAAACUGGUGAUCUCAAAGAAGAAGAAAGCUGUUCUCAUUCAAGAGCUGCAGGAGAAGGGGUUCAAGCCAUUCCCAAAGGUUGUCGGUACUCCAGAACCGGGGGAAGCUGGUGAUGUUGAAGAAGAGGAAGACGAAGAGGAGGAGACCACAACCGCCGCCGUUUCUUCUGAUGCAUAUGAUUACCUUCUGAGCAUGCCUCUGUGGUCCCUGACCCAGGAACGUGUUGACAAACUGCGACGCCAAAUUGGAGACAAGGAGAUGGAAGUUGAUGCGCUGAUCAAACUAACAAAGGAAGAUCUCUGGAGGAAGGACCUUGACGAGUUCAUUUCCGAAUGGAGAUUCCAGCUUGAGGACGAAGACAACCGCCGCAAGAAAAUAGCUAGCCGUGGCAGACGCUUAUCAUCCAAGGUCAAAACUGGCAGCCGAGCUACUGCUGCCAAAAAACGCAAGGCGGGCUCGGGUGAUGACAGUGAUUUCGAUGUGCCCAAGGGGAAGAAGGCAACCGUUAAUCGCGUUCAACCCAAGGGCGGGCUACUUGAUUUCCUUAGUAAAGCGAAGCCCAAGCCAAAGGCAACAUCCCGUGUCGAUGGUGCAGAUGAUUCGGAUGACUUUGAGGAUGAAGUUAUGCCGAAGCCGAAAUCGCGAGGAACCGCAAAGGAAGCCAAAGCUAAGCCUGCGCCGGCGCCUGUGUCUAAGGGACUAAGUGACGCAGAUUUCUUGGACAUUGAUUCUAUGGGAACUGACAACCCGAAGCGGGAACCAUCACCUGUAGAGAAACCAAAGGUGGUUGAUGAUGACUCGGAUAUCGAGAUGAUCCCUAAGCCCACCACGCAACGCAGCGCUCGAAACAAACAGCAGCCUAAGAAGUACCAUGGUUUCAGUACAUCUGAGGAUGAAGAGGAUGAUGACUUUGAUGUCAGUGCCAUGGUCAAGGGGAUAGACAAGAAAAAGCCAAACACAGUCUCCACAGGGCCAACUCUUUUCUCUGAACCUUCUCGCCCGGCCGGUGGAAGCUCGAAACUUCCUGCAAAGCCGGCAAAGGAGACGAUGGAAUUUGAUGCAGAUGAAACUGACUACUCGAAACUUAUCCCUCAAAACUCUCCAAGACGCUCUCUACUUGUGAAGCCGAAAGAAAACAAGGUGUUUUCAGAUGCAGAAGAUGACAUCGAAGAUGAGCCUAAACCUGUUGCUAAAUCGACUGCAAAGGCUAAAGCUUCUUCCAGCUCCAAGUCAACUUCAAAACCUGCUGCAAAGACUUCAACAACUUCUGCUCGAGGCCGGCCAAAGAAAGCAGUAGCUGCCGCGCCAGAGAAAGAGAAGAAGGCCCUUCAACUCUCACCUGCAGCAAAGGUCUAUGCUUCUAAAAAGGCCAAAGCCAAGAAAAUAGUGGACGAUAUGUCUGAUGACGAUAUCGACGCCAUGGCUAAUGAUAUUCUCGACUCGGAACCCGAGGAAGCUGUCAAACCAUCGUCUAGGGCGAGACCUGCACGUCGGGCAGCUACAACUGCCAAAAAGCCUGUGUACGCCCUUGAUGACGACAGCAGUGAAGAAGACGGAGAUGCAGCAGUUUCCAGCGAGGACUUCUCGGACUAA